AUGGCUAAGCAUCGGAGUUGGCUUCUAGUGAGCUUAUUUCUCACCGAGGUUCUUCUUUUGGAGGCUGGGAAAAUCCUGACUAUAGCUACAUUGGGUGGAAGCCAUUACUUACUAAUGAACCGUGUGUCACAAAUCCUUCAAGACAAUGGCCAUAAUGUGACCAAGCUGUUUAAUAAAAUUAUGUACAUCCCAGAAUUUCAAGAAGAGGAAAUAUCAUACCAGGUUAUAGACUGGCAUCUACCUGAAGAUCAACAAGAGGAAUUCCAUAACAAACUAAAUCUCUUUUUAGAAGAAUUAGUUCGUCAGAGGAACACACAUCGUGUCCUUGUAAAGAUAUAUAAAUUCUUUGGGGAUUUGUGCAGUCACUUUUUAGGCAGAGAGGACAUCAUGGACUCCUUAAGGAAGGAGAAUUUUGAUCUACUAUUUUUUGAUUAUUUAGAUUUAUGCUCUUACCUGAUUGCUGAGAAACUUGAGAAAAAAUUUGUGACCUUUCUUCCCAUGCAAUUUAGCUAUAUGAACUUUGGGCUACCAAGCCCCUUGUCUUAUGUUCCAGUGUGUGGGUCCAGUCUAACUGACCAAAUGGACUUCUGGGGCCGAGUGAAGAACUUCCUGAUGUUCUUUAAUUUCUCCCUGAAGCAAAGAGAAAUAUUUUCUCAAUAUGAUGCCUCCAUUCAGGAACAUUUUGCAGAAGACUCUCGGCCAGUUUUGUCUGACCUUCUACUGAAAGCAGAGCUUUCUUUCGUCAACUCUGAUUUUGCCCUUGAAUUUGCUCGUCCCUUAUUUCCCAACACAGUCUAUGUGGGAGGCUUAAUGGACAAACCUGCCAGGCCAAUACCUCAAGAUCUUGAGGAUUUUAUCUCUAAGUUUGGAGACUCAGGUUUUGUCCUUGUGGCCCUGGGCUCCGUAGCAACCCUGCAUCAGACCAAGGAACUUAUUAAAGAGAUGAACAGUGCCUUUGCUCGCCUCCCUCAAGGGGUGCUGUGGACAGUUAAGGAUGCUCAUUGGCCCAAAGAUGUGAGAUUGGCCCCAAACGUCAAAAUCAUGGAUUGGAUUCCCCAGAAUGACCUUCUGGCCCAUCCUAGUAUUCGAGCUUUUGUCUCCCACGGUGGAAUGAAUAGCGUCAUGGAGGCCAUCCAGCAUGGAGUACCCAUAGUAGGGAUUCCAUUUUGUUCAGACCAACCUGAUAACUUGGUCCGAAUAGAAGCUAAGAAAAUUGGUGUUUCUGUUCAGCUAGAGACAAUCAAGGCAGAGACAUUUGCACUUACACUGAAAGAAGUCAUAGAAGACAAGAGGUACAAGUCUGCAGCAAUGACUGCCAGGGCCAUCAGGCACUCCCACCCCCUCACACCUUCCCAGCGUCUGGUGGGCUGGAUUGACCACAUCCUACAAACAGGGGGAGGAGCACAUCUAAAGCCCCAUGGCUUUCAGCAGCCAUGGCAUGUGCAGUACCUGCUGGAUGUCCUAUUGUUCCUGCUGGGGCUCACUGUGGCCACCUUGUGGCUGUUGAAGAAAGUGCUUGGCUUGUUGCUCAGGAUCCUGUGUGUGGAUAGGAAGGAAAAGAAGGCAUAA